AUGGCCAUGGAGCAUUUCCUCCUGGCUGCAGAAUACUGUACUCUUCUUGCACUAAGUACAUAUCACCAAUCAUUCCUCUUGUUACAUGCCGUUCACAUCUUGAAUCCAGUCUCCCUUGCAGAACCUGCAGCAUCGCAGAAUCAUCCUCAAAAAACGAAUGUCGUGAGCUCGGACAUGUUAUUACCCAUACACCUCGAAACUGCGGAGCUGUGA